GGGCAGCCUUUUAAGUUCUCAGUAUUGGAGAUUUGUGACCGAAUUAAGGAAGAAUUCCAGUUCCUCCAAGCUCAGUAUCACAGCCUGAAGCUGGAAUGUGAGAAGUUAGCAAGCGAAAAAACAGAGAUGCAGAGGCAUUAUGUGAUGUAUUACGAGAUGUCCUACGGUUUGAAUAUUGAAAUGCAUAAACAGGCUGAGAUUGUCAAGCGGCUAACGGCUAUCUCUGCCCAGAUUAUCCCGUUUCUCACACAAGAGCACCAACAGCAGGUCUUGCAAGCCAUGGACCGGGCCAAGCUGGUGACAAUGGGGGAGCUGAACAACAUCAUUGGGCAGCAGCAGUUACAACAUCUCUCCCAUCAGGCCCCUCCGGUUCCCUUGACCCCACACCUUUUGGGGUCUCAGGCUUCUAGCUUGGCUGCAGUCAGCACGGCCUCUGGGCUGCUGGCCCUCUCCGGGACGUUGGGGGCUCAGGCCAUCCUUGGGGCAAAGCAAGAAAACGCCGGGCAGGACUCCGAAAACAAUCCAGGGAACCCACAAAGCCGGAGCGAUUCUGCGUCUCCUCCGGAGAGCCUGCAAGAUGAAGAACGGGAGGAAGAGAGCAGGGGGAAGGCCAAGCCGCCGGACAAGGAAGAGGUGGGGCGUUAUGAAAGCGAUGGGGAGAAGAGCGACUGCAACCUGAUUGUGGACGAGGACCCUCCUUCUGAGCACGGGAGCCCGCUGUGCGCCUCGGCUGCCCAACUCCUGCCCAGCCAAAGGGGCUUUACGAACAGUCCAGCCUCGCUGGCAUCCAGUCGCAGCACCACACCUGUCAAAGGCAAGGACCCGAAUUUGAACGAAACCAAUCCAGCUUCUUCCAAAUCAACCAGUUUGUCUCCAGUCUCUGAAAUACUCACUCCCCGAGCCGGCCCGAGUUACGUGCCUCAGAUUGCAAAGCCGUCCACCAGCGAUGUUAUCACCUUGAGGAGUCCGCUAAAUUCUUUCACCAGCAGUUUUGCUUCACCUUUCGGGGUGAUGCCUCACGCCGGCCUCAAUGGCGAAUUAGCUGCACCGAGUUCCUACGUCGGCAUCCAUCUUUCUGCAGGCCCCGGAGGAUACGGACGGUCUCCGCUGGUGAGCUUUGGGGCAGUGGCUUUUGAAUCUCACCCACACUUGCGGGGAUCCCCUCUCUCGGCCUCCCUCCCUGCAGUCUCAAGCAGCAAGCCGGCCUACUCCUUCCACGUAAGCGCGGACGGGCAGAUGCAGCCGGUGCCCUUCCCGCCCGACGCCCUGAUCGGCUCCGGGAUCCCGCGCCACGCCCGCCAGCUGCACACGCUCUCCCACGGCGAGGUGGUCUGCGCCGUCACCAUCAGCCACUCCACCCAGCACGUCUACACAGGGGGCAAAGGCUGCGUCAAGGUCUGGGACGUGGGGCAGCCGGGCACCAAGACCCCCGUGGCGCAGCUGGACUGCCUGAACCGAGAUAAUUACAUCCGUUCGUGCAAACUUCUUCCCGACAGUCGCAGUCUCAUCGUUGGGGGUGAGGCCAGCACCUUGUCCAUCUGGGAUUUGGCAGCCCCCACGCCCCGGAUCAAGGCCGAGCUGACCUCCUCUGCCCCAGCCUGCUACGCCCUGGCCAUCAGCCCCGACGCCAAAGUCUGCUUCUCCUGCUGCAGCGACGGCAACAUUGUGGUCUGGGAUCUGCAGAACCAAACCAUGGUUAGGCAGUUCCAGGGUCACACGGACGGGGCGAGCUGCAUCGAUAUCUCCAAUUAUGGCACCAAACUCUGGACCGGCGGUUUGGACAACACCGUCCGAUGUUGGGACCUCCGCGAAGGCCGCCAGCUGCAGCAACACAACUUCAGCUCCCAGAUCUUCUCCCUGGGCUACUGCCCCACGGGAGAGUGGCUGGCGGUCGGGAUGGAGAGCAGCAACGUGGAAAUCCUCCAUGUGAUGAAAUCGGAGAAGUACCAGCUGCAUCUUCACGAGAGCUGCGUCCUCUCCCUGAAGUUCGCUUCCUGUGGCAAAUGGUUUAUCAGCACGGGCAAAGAUAAUCUGCUUAACGCGUGGCGGGCUCCCUACGGUGCCAGCAUCUUUCAGUCCAAAGAAACGUCCUCCGUUCUAAGCUGUGACAUCUCGGCUAAUGACAAGUUUAUCGUGACUGGAUCGGGAGACAAGAAAGCCACAGUUUACGAACUGGUCUACUGA